AUGGACGUUCAUCGAUGUCGAUUUGUGGAUUAUACUCCGCAUACUGUAACAGCUACUGCAUUUUCGCAUGUGUCUGACCCAGAAAAAGUCAGCGAUCCAUCCCUUAGACUCGCCAUAGGGAGGAGUAAUGGAGAUAUAGAAAUAUGGAAUCCGCGAUACAAUUGGGUGUUUGAAACCAAACUUGCCGGAUCCCGUGGUAGAUCCAUAGAGGGCAUUGUUUGGGCAGGAGCUGAAGAGCCCCGUUUAUUCUCUAUUGGUGGUUCUACAUACAUCACAGAAUGGGACCUUACUACUGGACUCCCGCGAAUUAAUUAUGAUUGCAAUGCUGGCAUAAUAUGGUCUAUCGACGUCAGUGAGUGUGGGACCAAGCUUGCGGUGGGAUGUGACGACGGGUCUGUGGUGAUAGUUGACGUAUCUGGGGGACCAGGAUCAAUUGAACAUGAACUCAUCUGUCAGAGACAAGACCUGAGAGUGCUCACGGUAAAGUGGUACAAGUCAUCAAUGAUAGUUGGAGGUUGCGCCGAUGCCCGAAUCAGAUGCUGGUCAGCCUCAAGCGAAACUCGAGGAAGAAUUCUUUCAACAAUGAGGGUAGAUAAAUCAAAGACUGAAAGUACUUUGGUAUGGUCCAUCAUUACAUUGCCUCAGCGUGGACUCAUUGUAAGUGGUGAUUCUACAGGACUGGUCAAGUUUUGGGACGUUUCUUCCUUUUCGCUCGUGCAAACCUUCACCUCUCACGAUGCAGAUGUGUUGACUCUUUGUGCUGACUACAAUGGUGAAAAGGUUUUCAGCGCUGGAGUUGAUCGAAAAAUUCACCAAUUUUCAUUACUCUCGUCAAACGGCAAGAGAUCCUCUAAAUGGAUUCACAGCUUCAACAGACUCCUCCAUUCAAACGAUAUCCGUACUCUUGCCAUUCACGAGAGCCUUCACGGUUCUGGUCUUCUAGUAAGUGGAGGUGUCGAGCGAUCGGUAGUCAUUCAAUCUGUUUCCCAGUUUCAAGAUGGUCCAUAUAAAAAAAUCGUUAUUAGCCAACAACUGCGUAACGUUUGCAUUCACCCCAAAAAUUUGAUAUUCAUGUGGCAGGACCAGAGCGUCAAAGCAUGGAGAACCAUUGAUGGUUCUCACAAAUUGGUUUCGAAAAUUACCAUGGCUGACGACUCUAAUAUUACUGAUGUUUCCGUAAACGAGGAGGUUUCUUUAAUGGCUGUGGCAACAUCCACUGCAGUCAAGUUGUUCCGUUUAAAAUCUGAAGGAAUUAAAUUGACCGUAACAAAAAUUCGUGAUUCUGACUUUGACUCGAUCAUUUCGGGUGCAAAAUCGGUAGCACUCAAAAAUACUGAUCUUGUUGUCCUCACAUGCGAUAAUGAGAUCUACAGGUUCAAUGUAGGUGAAUCGGAAAUCUCUCUCAUUGAAGAACUCGAAACAGAAAAAAUCUCAAGAGUAAAGAGCAUGACAGUUGGUAAAGACUUUGUGGUAAUUGCUGGCUUUGAUGGGAUUAUUGAAAUGAUACCAUUCAAGGGUAAAGCUUCGUUGAUGACGAGAAUAACCCCAUAUCCUCAUCUUAUCACCAUCUCCAACAAGAACACCGUGCUCAUACUCACGCAAGAUAACAAGCUUCUCGAAUUUGAAGUCAAUGGUUCAGAGUCUACUUUAAGUGCUUGGUCUAAACGUAACUCUGAAUUCAUGCCCAAGCCGUUUGUCAAAUUGGAAGAUAAACCAGAGGGAAUGUUUGCCGAAAAUGAUUCAGAUCGAGUAUGGAUAUAUGGAUCCACUUGGCUUUGCUUCUUCGACCUUCUGCAAAAUAUUCCCGUUACAAAGUCCAACAACAAUGUAGUUGCUGGAAAGAAAAGAGCUCGUGAUGGUCUUGCUAUUGAAGAGAAUGGCGAUACCAUUGAUAGCUGA